AUGUUUUCUUCUUACCGGCAGGAGGUCGCCGAGGCUGAAGAAGCGGACACCGCCGAGGAUCGAAUCGAGCGCCUCAUAGUUGAGACCCCCGACUGGUCUGAAGAAGAGGAGCGACGGCUUGUCCGAAAAUUAGAUUGUCGAGUUGUCGUUCCAUGCUGCAUUAUGUACAUUCUUGCCUACCUCGACCGAUCCAACCUAGCGAAUGUCAAGAUCCUCCAGAAUGAUACGCCGGAUUCGCUAGAAGAGAGCUUAGAUUUGAAGGGAAUUGAUUUCAAUUGGGCUGUAUCCGUUGCCUAUUUCGCGGUAACUGCCAUGUUGAUACCGGCCAACUUGAUGCUGAAGAAAUUGUCCGCUAAAAUCUUUUUUCCACUCUGCAUGAUCACUUGGGGCGUCAUCAUCAUGACCAUGGCGGCUUGCAGCAACGCAGCAGGCCUGAUUGCCUCCAGAGUGUUUCUGGGAAUUCCCGAAGCCGGUGUUGUGACUUGUGGCGUGAUGUACUUCAGUUUCUGGUAUAAACCGCGCGAACGCGCCGUCCGAAUCGGAAUAUUCUACAGUUCCAACUCUAUUGCGCAGGCAGUUUCAGGGUUCUUGGCUGUUGGAAUCAACAAGCUCAACGGACGAGGUGGAUUAAUGUCAUGGCAAUGGGUCUUCAUAAUUGAAGGCGCGAUGUCGAUUGCUGUCGCCAUCCCAAUCUACUUUACUCUGUUGACUUUCCCUGAAACUUCAACGAGUUUAUCGUCCCGAGAGCGGCGCAUAGCGACCAACCGAUUCGGUCGUGGCAGUACUCGCCAGACAGACGUGACUUGGAGCACGAGUGCAUUUAUCCAAAUUAUGACUCGGCCCUCGACCUAUAUAUUCUUCAUAAGCUAUAUCUGCAUAGCCAUUGCAGCCGUCGCGCAAGCUACUUUUCUACCAACCAUACUCAACACACUCCUAGAGUUUCCCACCCAGCGAGCAAAUCUAUACGCAGCAAUAGUCAAUCUCGUCGCAAUCCCACUGUAUUGGACAUACCCCCUCCACUCCGACUGGACACGCGAACGAAUGUGGCAUUUCAUCGUCCCCGUUAUGGCCUCAAUCCCUUGCUAUGCAGUAUGGACGCACUACAGUUCGCACCACGCCACACAUGACAUCAGCUACAUGUCACUGUACGGCAUGGCAUUCCUCGGGCAAAUGCUACUAGUCGCCCAGCCCGUUCUCCUAUCAUAUCGCAGCGCGACACUAUACGGUGCCGCAGAGCAAGCUGUUGGGACAUCAAUUGCGGUAGCCGCUUUGUCUAUUGCGAGUAUUAUUGCGCCACAGAUGUAUCCUGAUCGGGAUGCGCCGUACUAUCUGGCUGGAUUUUCGGCAACGGUAGCUUUGCUGGCCAUCAGUAUCCCGUUCUACCUUCUUACACCUCUCUGCCUUUACUGGGAAGCUAGGUCGCGCAAGAAGAAAACUGGACGGGCACUGCCUCUGCAAGUGGAUGAAGAUGUGGCUAGGAGUCAAGCUCAAGCAGCGACAGAGGCGGAGAUUGAGAAAGGAGUUGACAAUGCAACAGAGGUUGUUGAGGUAGAACACGUUCAUCAUUAA